CUCAAUGCUGUAUCUCUGACGCACACUUUCUCACGCUGUGUUGAUUCCCCCUGUUUUGCUUUUUGAUUGACGCUUGUGAAGGUCUGCCUGAAUAGGACCGUACCAUUCAUGACCAGAAAAUUGGGGGUGAGCUGUUAAACCAACCAGGCUGAAAAAAAAACCAAGCCUUUUUUUUUCAAAGGUUUUGAACGGAAAUUCUCCCGUCCCCCCGUCCUUUACUCCCAUAUAGUCCGAUCCAACCCUAGCGGGGAGAGAGCGAGGGAGAGUGAGACAGCUGAUCAGUGCUGUGGUAUUCUGAGUUUAGAGAACAGAGAGAGAGAGAGAGAGAUUGAGGAAGCUGACAGAAAAAGAGGAAGAAGCUCUAACCGCCUGUGAAGAACAAACAAUCUGAAGAAUUUUGUCUUUAAGGAGAUAAAGAAAACAUCAGAAUGUGUUAAACAGAGCUUGAACAAGUGUGAGAGAGAGAGGGAGAGAGAGGGCUUGACCUCAAGAAGAAAACAAACGUCUUCAAAAGAAGAAGAAGAAAGUGGCAUGAAACGUGACUCUUGUGCCACGUGAAGUUUCCUGCUGCUGGAGAAAAACAUAGAGAGAGAGAAAGAGAGAGAGAGAGAGAGAGACAGAGAGACAGAGAGAGAGAGAGACAGGGUGAACAAGCUUAAAAUAAGAAGACAAAAAUUUUAAGAAGCAAGAAAACACGAUGAAACCCGACUCAAGGACGUAGGAGGACUGAGCGUGGCUACCAGAGAGAGAGAGAGAGAUCAGCUACAGAUCUGUGAGGACGUGCGUGUGCGUGUUUUUUAAGAAGAGAUGUCGUGGUUGUCGCCUGUGCAGUGGGCCAAAUGGACCUGGUCUGCCAUGAAAGGAGCAGAAGAGGACGAGCUAGAGAAUGACGUCCAAAACAGAGAGAUGGAAGAUGAUGAUGAUGAUGAAGAAGAGGAGAGAUCUCAAAGCUUCAGCUCGGAUUCAGAGGGUCACUUCGAGACGCCUGAGACAGAGUCACCUGUCCAUCAUUCGCAGGCUCCACCCACAACACACAUCACAGAGGAGGAAAUCGUGUCCAUCGCCGUAACAUCAGAGCCGAAACUUAUACACCUGGACAAGUGUCCAAAACCAGACCCUGAUGAUUUGGACUGCAACGGCCUUCUUCCUGAAAUUCCCAAGAUGAAAUCUCCUCUAAUUUCUGAAUCCUCUGAAAUGCAACCAGUCACACCCAGUCCUGUAAAUGUGGACGAUAUUCCUCUUCCUAAAAAACCGUGCACCUUUGAAGCGGAAACAAAACUUCGGGACGAAGACGAUGCUGGAUCGCAAAAACAAGGAAGUAAACCGGAAACUGUUCAAAAUCAGGAACCUACAGAAACAGAACCGGGACAAGACACAGACUAUGUUCCCCUGACUGAAAAUUCCCAUAGUUCAGAACAGACGUCUCAAUUCCAAAAUAACGAUGGAGAGCGCAAAAAAACUCCGUUUCAGAAACGAGGAAACAAACCUGGAACCAAACCCGUAUCUAAAAAACAGAAGCCCAAAGCGACAGUGGGAGAAAAUGGCGCACACACUCCUCUAAAUGUGGACGACAUUCCUCUCCCUAAAUCAUCCUAUAACUUUGACCCGAGCCAAUGGGACGAUCCCGAUUUCGACCCGUUUGGAGGGAAGAACAAAGUUGGGAGCUCUCCGAAACUCCAGAAAGCAUCGCACAAUUUCAGUCCAGAAAACUCUGACGACUCGCUGGAUGUCUCUAAGCCCUCUAACAAGAUCGUUGAACACGAUGACUCUGAGAGAUCCAGUGACGAGAAAGCGAAGGAAGAGCAGGGCAAAGAGCCUCCUGUGGCAGAGGAGAGGAAAGUGAAACAGUCCCCCAAGAAGAACACGGACAAGAUCAUCAAGACCAAUGAACAAGCACGUUUUCUCUGUAUGCUGCUGAACACGUGCAAAGUGAAUAAGUAUGAGAACACAUCGUUAGCGUUGGACGUCUGCAAGCAGGUUGAGGAAGAACAGGAGGAGACUGUACGUCACGCCACCGAUGAGGAGAAACUCGCAUCUACGUGCACGAUGCAGAAACAUGAUCAAAUAACAAAGAUGUCAAAAACAGAAGACGACCUGGAGCUAGCAAAAAUAGACCACUUUCCAGAGAAGGAGAUUUGCACACCUAGCGAGAGCUUGGAGAAGAACAGCCCCAACCUUGACUCCAUCGCACUAAGUGAGAUGGACAAAGCUGCUGUUCUGACUCUCAUCAGAGAGGAGAUAAUCACGAAAGAGAUCGAGGCAAAUGAGUGGAAGAGGAAAUAUGAGGAGAGCAGAAUGGAGGUGUUGGAGAUGAGGAAAAUAGUAGCAGAGUACGAGAAGACGAUAGCACAGAUGAUCGACGAGCAGAGGAAGAACAUGGGCUCUCAGAAGAGUGUCCAGCAGUUGAUAACCGAGCGGGAUCAGGCUCUAUCCGAUCUCAACUCAGUUGAACGCUCGCUCUCGGACCUGUUCCGCCGCUACGAGAACAUGAAGACCGUUCUGGAGGGAUUCAAGAAGAACGAGGAGGCGCUGAAGAAGUGCGCUCAGGAAUAUUUAGCGCGCAUCAAACAGGAGGAGCAACGCUACAACACACUUAAAAUCCAUGCUGAGGAGAAACUCGACAAGGCAAACGAAGAGAUCGCUCAGGUGCGUGCAAGGGCGAAUGCGGAGUGUGUGGCGUUGAACGCGAGCCUGAGGAAGGAGCAGAUGAAGGUGGAGUCUCUGGACAGAGCGCUGGAACAAAAGAAUCAGGAAAUGGAGGAGCUCACCAAGAUCUGCGAUGAGCUCAUCGCCAAACUCGGCACAGCAAACUGAGCACAGAACACACCUGAAAGUCCUGACUGAACCCCACCUUUCUCCACACCGCUUCUCCUCCAACAAAUCCCUGCAUGACUGGAUCUCUCUCCAACAUCUGGAGCGAAGCACUGCAAUAUCAGCUAAAGUAAUGCACCUGUAAUAGAGACUCUUUAGAUCCUGAGACAACAUGGCAGUCUGAAGGAAUCGUCAGCUCUAGAUGGAUCUGAACACAUUAGCACUUUGUUAAGGCUCUACUUUUAAAUGCAGCAUGUUUCAUCCAUGAAGCCAUUGAGCGUGUGUGUGUCCUUGUUUUAUAAGCAGGGCGAUGUAUGUAUGAUGAAUGGGUGAGAACGUGUAACUGUGUUGCGUUUAAGUCAUUCUUCCUUACAGUACAUGCACUUUGUAAUGCGUGUGUGUGAGUGUGUGUGUGUGAGUGUGUGUGAGUGUGUGUGAGUGUGUGUGAGUGUGUGUGAGUGUGUGUGAGUGUGUGAGAGUGUGUGUGUGAGUGUGUGUGUGAGUGUGUGUGAGAGUGUGUGUGAGAGUGUGUGUGUGAGAGUGUGUGUGUGAGAGUGUGUGUGUGAGAGUGUGUGUGUGAGAGUGUGUGUGUGAGAGUGUGUGUGUGAGAGUGUGUGUGUGAGUGUGUGUGUGUGAGUGUGUGUGUGUGCGUGUGAGAGUGUUUGUGUGUGCGAGUAUGUGUGUGCGUGUGUGAGAGUAUUUGUGUGCGUGUGUGCGUGUGUGUGUGCGAUAAAGAGCGAGAAGAUGAUGACUGUAUUUAACAGAUUAUAAGACAUGUUUUCUGGCCAAUCCCAUUUGAAUAUUUUUUGCCUUUGCCAUCAAAAUCAGAGUUGUCAUGGCAACAAAAAACAACGCUAAUGGUAAAAGGUCACAGAAUAAGGCAUGCGGAUCAAGGAAAAUAAUAAAUGUUUCUCCCUCCCUUCACCUCACCACCAGUGCAAGUGCCAGUGCAAAUCCCCCGAUGCACAUAUUUUACUGUAAAUAAGAAUUUAUGACGUUUAUUUUGUAUAAAUAUGAAGGUCUAUGCUUCAGUUAUUUUGUGGGGAUUAUGAGAAAACGAGAAGGUCUCCCUGACACAUUAGUGUGUGAAGUGUUUGAGUCAGUGUUUACACACUGGGAUUUGUGCUAUAGAACUUGAACCUCUGAAAGAAUAUUUACGUUAUAUUUAGUAAGGAACUAAUCCUAUAGUUCAGGACUGAAAUAUUCCUGGGUCAGUAAAGAUGGAGCUUAGAUUUAAUUGGAUUAGCCACAUUUUUUUUUUUUACUGCCUAACGGUUCAGCGUAAAAUACACAGAAAAUGAAAAGAGAGGUUAGUGGUAGUGCUGAAGUUUGUUAUUGGCUAAUCAACUGUAAUUAAGCUCCCUUAUUGAUUCUGUGGCAUUUCCAUGCAAUGACAUUGCUAGUUACGUUAGGAUUAGUCAGGUGUGACGCACAAAGAGAUCAACACGAAAUGAUCGUCUUUUUAUGAAAGUACAAAAAACUUGUUAAUUAUUCUAAUUUUUACAAAAACAUUUAGCUAACUACACUUUAAGCACUUAAGAGAUCAAGCAGAACCGUUUAACAAAUGGUGAAUUGACUUGAGACUUGGAUCUAUUUUUUUUUAACACACCUUUUCUUGCUUUUUCAUUUUUUCAUGUUUCUUCAGCGUAUCAAUGCUACUUUUAACCUGCCUUUGUUGACUUCACCAAACUCAUUAGCUGUGCAUUAGCAAUGUAGGUUUAUCCAGAAGUCAGUGCUGUGGUAAAACGAUUGGAUGUUUAUAACAGGAGCAGUGUAAUUUGUCCAGUCUGAGUUUUAUUAUUAUUUAUCUGUACAUGAGAGCUGAUGAAACUGUGGUACUUUGUUGUCAUCGCCACACGACAGAUAGCAUGCUAGUUCAUUUAUUUCAUACUGUGAUGCUGAUUCUGAGUUUAAAAUCCUUAAGGUUUUUUUUUUUAAUGUCGUCGCAUCAUUUAUUACCGUGUGAACCAGAUGAUUAGCAUGCUAUGGCCUAGCAAGGUCGAAUCUGAAGUCUGUUCUCAUUUUCAAGCUCAAGUAUAUUUGAAACUCCUUAGCUUCUGUGAAUUCCUAAGACUGUAGACACUCAAGUCAACAAUUGUGUGUUGAAAAAGGUAUUGAAACACUUCAGCUUUGUGAAGGAACAAAAUAUUUUUCUACAAUUCCUGUUCGAAUGACAAUCUGCCUUUUGCUCUGUGUCUGUUGCCAAAGUUACUCCAUCCAAGCUGCCGGUGUCGUAUCCCACAAUCCCCUGCGUGUUAUAUGCAAUAGCUACCAAAACGUGUAUGUGUGUGUGUGUGUGUGUGUGUGUGUGUGAAGUAGACGUGCUGAUAUACAGCUUUAUCUUCGGUUUACACUUCAAAGCUUAGUCGCAUUCAGGAUAGAUUUUCUAAAGAAGUGUCCUUCACUACGAGUUUACGGUCCUUACUUCCACUUCCUGUUGCCUCAAUUUUUUUUUCUUCAGUACAUAAUAACAAGAUCCUGACAGCAUGAUAAAGAGUGAUCAGCAGUUUAGUGCUGCUGCUGCUGCUGCUGCUGCUGAUGAUGAUGAUGAUGGUGAUGAUGAUGUGAGGAUUUAAUAUGACCACAUGCUUAUAGCGCUGAACUCUGUUGUGUGUAUGUGUUUAUUUGUGAUCUUCAUGUUUGUACAGUGAGAACGAGAGCUACACAGAAAUCAUGUUUACUAAUAUAUACUUUCUCUAUAUUAUAUUCUAUAUUUUGUGCAUAAAGUGUUGCCUGAAUUAAAGGUAUUAGAAUGUAUAAUA